AUGGAUCGGCGCCGGCUCGAUGCUGCAGCGUACACAGUGGGAUGGAUAUGUGCGCUGCCCGUCGAGCUGGCGGCGGCGCAGGUGAUGCUCGACGAGGAAUAUCUGCCUCACGACGACGUCAGCUCGACCCAGUACACGCUGGGCCGCAUAGGUAGCCACAACGUCGUCCUGGCAUGCCUGCCGGCUGGCCAGAUGGGCAUCGGCGCUGCUGCGUUCAGCGCCGGGCAAGCCAUGUCCAACUUCACAUCGAUCCGCUUCGGACUGAUGGUGGGCAUCGGCGGCGGAGCCCCGAGCGCGGAGGCAGACGUGCGACUGGGAGACGUCGUGGUCAGCCAGCCGGUCCGACAGCACGGUGGAGUGGUGCAGUAUGACUUUGGCAAGACAGGAUCAGGCGGACGAAUGACGCGGACUGGAUCGCUGAACGCGCCGCCCAAGGCGCUGCUCCACGCCGUCACUCAGCUGAGGGCGUACCGCUACCAGGACAGGCAGGACAGAGGUUCUCUUGCAACGCAUUUGUCGGCCUUUGACCAACGCCCGUACUUCAGCCGCAAGAAAGCUGGGCCUGAUAUUCUGUUCGAGGCGACAUACCAUCACAGUGAUGGAGCGACGUGCGAGCGGUGCAACAAGGACAGUGUAGUACAUCGGACGGCGCGAAGAGCUGACGAGGAAGUGGCCAUCCACUACGGCACAAUAGCGUCUGGCAACCAGGUAAUCAAGGAUGGGCCAACUCGGGACCGGCUGAGCGAAGAGCUGGGUGGGGUACUGUGCUUUGAGAUGGAAGCGGCGGGCCUGAUGAACGACUUCCCGUGCCUGGUGGUGCGAGGAAUCUGCGACUAUGCCGACUCGCACAAGAACAAGGCGUGGCAGCCGUAUGCGGCAGCGACGGCAGCAGCGUGUGCAAAAGCAAUCUUAUCGCUCAUCCCCUCAGUAGAGGUGGUAAAGGUCGCAGCAGUAGGAGAAGCUUGCAAGUACCGCGUCCCUUUCAGCCUCAAGGGUGUGCCUGUAGGGAAGUUUGCAGAGCGGCCAAGAGACACGCAAGCGCUAGAGCAAGCGCUUCUGCCGCAAGAGAACGUGAAAGAACGGCAGUUGCUAGCAGUCUACGGACUGGGCGGCGUGGGGAAGACACAGCUUGCAGUCAACUUUGCCCGGCGACGCCAAAACAGCUUCUCGUCAGUGCUGUGGCUAGACGGGAGCAGUGAGAGCAGCCUCAAGCAGAGCUUUGCGGCAUUUGCGAGCCGCAUACCAGCAGGCCAGAUUCCCGAGGCCAGCAGGCUGUAUGCCGCAAGCCAGGGCGGCAGCGACGUCGACGCAGUAGUGAGGGACGUGCUAGGCUGGCUGAGCAUAGCGGACAACAGUGACUGGCUGCUGGUAGUCGACAACGUCGACCGAGACAAUCAACGGCGCGAAGAAGACGCGGAGGCGUACAACGUAGAGGAGUACCUGCCGGAGGCUGACCAUGGAUCGGUGCUGAUCACGACACGUCUUUGGCAUCUGGGCCAGCUUGGAGAGCGGUGGGAAGUGAGGAAAGUGGACAAGGAGCAGGCGCAGGCCAUCUUCAAGACGUGGUACGGGAGAGGCGUGGAUCAGGAGGGCGACGAGCUGCUAAGGCUGCUCGAUGGGCUGCCGCUGGCCCUGGCACAGGCUGCUGCGUACAUGAGCGAGACAGGUACGAGCUUCAGCAUCUACACUCGGCUGUACAAGAAGCAGUGGCGGCAGUUGAUGGAGCCGCACGACGGCAGGCACAUACCGCUGCGGAGCUACGCGAACGGCAGCGUGGCGACGACCUGGACGAUAUCGUACACGGCUGUCAGGGCAAGGAACGUGGCUGCCUCGAACCUGCUGCUUCUGUGGGCGCAUCUGGACAACAAGAGCCUGUGGCAUGGACUGCUAACAGCUGCAUCGCGGAAGUCGGCUGUCGCUGCAGAGCAAACAGCGGCAUGGUUUGGAGAGACGGCGCGCAGCGAAGUGAAGUUCAUUGAGGCUGUCAGGACGCUCCGGAGCUACUCUCUGGUGGAGGAGGUGGGGGACCAGACAGGCUACUCGACGCACCCGGUGGUGCACCAGUGGGCGCUGCACAUGCAAGACAGCAGGCAACAGACCGCGCUGUCGCGGCUGGCAGUUGUGCUUGUUGGGCUAGCGGUGCCAAAGAGUGACGAGAAGAACUACUGGGAGACGCAAGCGCGACUUCUUCAGCAUGCAGAGCGGUGCGGGAAGCACAUAGGAGGGGCUGUGGUCGAUCAGGGGGCAGAGCAGGGAGCUGAUGCGUGGGAGGAGGAGGAGGAGGAGGAUGAGACACAGCUGUGGGCAGUCAACAACUUGGGCAUCCUCUACCAGGACCAGGGAAAGCCCGACAAGGCAGAGGGGAUGUUCACGCAGGCGCUGCGAGGGCAAACGAAGGCGCUAGGGGAAGAUCACACGUCGACGCUCAGCAUAGUCAACAACUUGGGCAACCUCUACAACACCCAGGGAAAGCUCGACAAGGCAGAGAAGAUGUACACGCAAGCGCUGAGAGGCUAUGCGAAGGCGCUAGGGGAGGAUCACACGUCGACACUCAGCAUAGUCGGCAACUUGGGCACCCUCUACAGGGACCAGGGAAAGCUCGAUAAGGCAGAGAAGAUGUACACGCAGGCGCUGGAAGGCUACACGAAGGCGCUAGGGGAAGAUCACACGUCGACACUCAGCAUAGUUGGCAACCUGGGCACCCUCUACAGGGACCAGGGAAAGCUCGACAAGGCAGAGGAGAUGUUCACGCAGGCGCUGGAAGGCUACACGAAGGCGUUAGGGAAAGAUCAUACGUCGACGCUCAGAACAGUCGGCAACUUGGGCACCCUCUACAGGUACCAGGGAAAGCUCGACAAGGCAGAGGAGAUGUUCACGCAGGCGCUGCACGGAUACGAGAAGGCAAUCGGACUUGAAAGCAUCUCUACCUAUGUGCCAGCUCUCAGCACAAUGUGGUCCCUUGGUUCGCUAUCUGACAUCUUAGGCCGUGUGGACAUGGCCAGAGCGUGGUACUCGAAAGCGCUCUGGGGCUACGAGAAGGUGUUUGGGGAAGAUCAU